AUGAUCGUCCGUGGUAUCGGAAGCCAGGUUGUUAUCUCAGCACUCAAACUGUACUGUCGGUACAGUCACUCCGUGGCUUGGCUGGCCUUGCACCUCGCCGUGCGCCUUGCUUGGCGAUUGGCGUGUGAAUGGGAGGAACAGCGCUUUUGUGUCAGUCAUCGCUCGUUCUUCGAACGCUUCGGUUAUCGAUACUUGCUGCACAGCGCGCUGUCGGCUGUGUUCCGAAGCAUCCCUCGCCGUCGGAAUCCUGGUACUUCGUUCUCAAAGCGAGUGACGAUCGAGGACGACUGCAGCAAGAGAUUUGAAUCCUUUGAGUCUGACCGUCGACGCCAGAAACAAGUUAUUACUGCUAUCGGCACAAUGACGAGCAUCAACAAGGGCGGAAAGGGUGAGAUUGCACGUCAGGUGGACGUCGACCCGUACUUUGACAACACCAAGCUGGUGUACGGAGAGGCGGGCAGCAAAGUGCCCUACACUCCCCAGAACACCUGGAAGGAUCCCAACGGGGAUCGUCAAGACUAUCUCGAGCGAACCAAGGGUCUCACCGCGAUGCAGAGACAUGUGGCCUUUUUCGACGGCGACUGCGACGGCGUGAUCUGGCCGACCGAUACUUUUUUCGCCUUCCUGUCUCUCGGCUUCGGACUGAUUCUCUCGGCGUUGGCGGUGGGCAUCAUCCACGGUCCGUUCUCGUAUCCGACGCUGCCGCGCAAAGGCAACAAGCUGCUGGACUGGCUUCCCGAUCCGUUCAUGCGGAUCUACGUGGCUAACAUCCAUCGAUGCAAGCACGGAUCUGACACGGAGUCGUACGACCGACGCGGUCACUUCCAACAACGUCAAUUUGAGCGCAUCUUGGACGACUACUCGACGCGCCACGGAAAGGACGCCCUUUCGUUCUCGGAUGCCAUGGCCAUGAUCCGCGAGCGACGCAACCUCGUGGAUCCUUUCGGAUGGUUCGCUUUCUUGUUUGAGUGGGGCAGCACCUACAUGCUGCUCUGGCCGGCUGAUGGCUACAUGCGGAAGGACGACAUUCUGGGGGUGUUUGACGGGAGCACGUUUGUCGUGCUGGCUCACCGCCACAAGAGCGGACGAGGAGGCGGCGCGUUCCAGCCGAAAGUGAAGGCUGCUUAG